GGGCAUAUUCAAAUAUUCAAUCACAACGACCAGACCAAAGCUCCACUAUUUCUUUCGACCAAGAAAGGACGGACACGGACCUAUAUAUAUAUGCAUGCUUGUUAUUGCUUAAUUAGCCACAAACCGAAACGUUAAGAAUUAUUUGCUAGCCCAAGUGUUUAAUAUGGCAGUGGCACAAUACUCGGCUCUUGCUCUGAUUGCGUUUCUGGUUUCUCCGAUCAUGGUGAUGGUGAUGGUGAUGGCAAAUUCAUACGAAGUUGACUGGUCAACUGAAAUUGCUUCCAGUGGUUUUGCUCAUGAAAACACUUUCUUUGCUGGAGAUGUACUCAAUUUUCAUUACGAUAAGAAUUAUCACAAUGUGGUUGUAGCAACAGAUAGUGAUGCAUUUGAACAAUGCAACAUGGAACCGAACUUAGGUUUCUAUACAAAUGGCAAUGAAGCAUUAACCUUGGUUGAAGCUGGAUACUAUUAUUUCAUGUGUGAGUAUAACUGUGAAUCUGAUGGCAUGAAGAUGUCAAUGUAUGUGUACAAUUAAUAUGUAACAAAUGCAUGCCUCUGUGGAGAGGAAUCUGUAGCAAGUUGCUUGUGAAUUUUGAUUACUGUACUUUUCUCGAGUCUGGUAUAAUAAAUUGUAAAUCAUAUAAUUUUGAGUAUGAUAGAAGCCGA